GUGAAUGGUUGGAUGUUAGGAAUCCGUUGUCAAAAUAACCUCAAUAUGGGCAGAACAUGCGGUUGAUUCUUCAGCCUCAUGCGGGACUCGACUACAUCAGAUGAGUUGUAUCUUCAGCAGCAGCAGGCUGAACUUCUUACGUCUCCAGUCAGUCCAGAGAGCCAGCGCUCACAUCGAGGAUAUCCUCAGAGCAAACUUUUAGGAAAUCCAAAACGGACCGAAAUGCGAAAAGAUUAUUUGAACGAAUAUGAGCCUUUGCUUAUGAAAGGAGGCAAAGAGCCAAAAGGGUUAAAGUUCCCAAACAAAUUUCUCCUGCUGGCUAUGUUUGCGACAUGCAUAGGAGGCACAUUUCAGUGCGGAUAUAAUAUAUCCGUCAUCAAUGCGCCCACUAAGUAUGUGCAAGACUUCAUAAACCAGACCUGGAUGCAGCGUUACCAAACAGAGAUAUCAAAAGAUGGGCUCACACUGCUCUGGUCCACCAUUGUGUCUAUUUUCACAAUAGGGGGAUUUAUAGGAGUAUCAAUUGGCGGGACUUUGUCUGUGAAGCUGGGAAGGAGAGGGACACUACUCGCCAAUAAUGUGAUUUCAUUGGCUGCUGCUCUGCUGAUGGGUCUGAGCUCCUCUGCAGGCUCGUUUGAGUUGCUCAUCAUUGGACGUCUCCUCAUUGGAAUAAAUGCAGGCAUGGCUUUGUGUGUUGAGCCUAUGUUCUUGGGGGAAAUAGCUCCAACGUCUUUACGUGGUGCUAUGGGAACGGGCUCCUCCAUUUUUCUCACUGGUGGCAUCUUGUCUGGACAAGUGAUGGGCCUCAAAGAAGUGCUUGGUAAAGCACAGUAUUGGCCCCUUCUGCUCUCCACCACUUGUAUCCCAGCGUUACUGCAGCUCCAGUUGCUGCCCUGGUUCCCUGAGAGUCCACGCUACCUGCUUAUUGAUAAAGGAGAUGAGGAGAGGUGUAAAAAAGCCCUAAAUCAGCUGCAUGGCUUAGCAGGCUCUGACAGUGUGCUGGAGGAUAUCCAGAGGGAGAAGAACAAUUUGGUUGGUUUCAAAGCCAAGAAACCCUGGGAGCUCUUUGCAGAUCGCAGUAUACGCUGGCAGGUCAUCACUAUCAUUGUGCUCAACGCAGCACAACAGUUGAAUGGUGUCAACGCUAUGUACUUCUAUGCUGAUUAUUUAUUCAGACAAGCUGGAAUUGCUGAGGAAAAAAUACCUUACGCUACCGUCGGUACAGGUGCCUGUGAAUGCCUCACUGCUUUAACAUGUGGCAUGCUUGUUGAAUCUCUGGGAAGGAAAGUGCUCAUCUCAGGAGGAUACAUACUGAUGAGCAUCUGCUGCAUUUUAUUCACAGUGACGCUCGCUCUGCAGGAUGUCAGCCCAAUUUUUCCAUACUUAAGCGUGGCCUGUGUUUUUGCUUUUGUCUUAAGUUUUGGCUUGGGACCAGGUGGUGUAACAAACAUUUUGACCACAGAGAUGUUCAAACAAACCACUCGGCCUGCAGCAUUCAUGAUUGCAGGAUCAGUGAACUGGCUAAGCUUCUUCUUUAUUGGCUUGCUCUUCCCCUUUAUUGUGAUUGGGCUGCAGCACUAUUGCUUCCUGGUUUUCUUUAUCGUCUGCAUCUCCGUAGGGAUAUACAUAAUCCUUGUUCUUCCUGAAACCAAAAACAAAAGCUUUGUGGAAAUCCAGAAAGAGUUCCAGUCCAGAAGGAGUAAAGAGACCAACUCUGAUGAAGCAGAAGCUUUACUUAUAUCCACUUCCUUAUGAUGUGCCUCUGGUCCAACAUAAAAGCAAACAAUAACCUGCUCAUCUGUUAAAAACAGAUGAACAAUGAAGAUUUAUCAUCUGCACAGAACACAUCAGUUAUAAACAAUGCAAUCUACCUGUGGAGUAUUUCAAGAUGUGUCAUUGUUAUUUUGUUUUUCUGCUGAAAACUUGAACUGUAAUGAUUUGCGUUAAUUCUGUUGUGCAAAAAUGUGGUUUACACAAUUUUCUAAAAAGGUGCUGUAUUGCAGUUCUACGAAAAGGAUAAGCACACUAAAUAAAAGCUUUUGUAACUAAUGAGAAGUCUGCAUGCCACUGAGGCUCCUUGGUGUUUAAUUUUUGUAAUCCCUCAGGGGGCAUGUGAUCUGUUAGACAAAGUAUUCACUGAAGUUUUGGUCAUGCCUGGUUUCGGAGGAAAGUUAGACGAGAAUUAGGGGGUGUAAUUUAGGUCAGAGAACAUAAGAUUUAAGGCUGUUGGAAAGUAUUUCAACAGGUAUUGAGUUUCAUAUUGCUAGAUAAAAUCUAUUUAGACUGCUAUUGUAUAGAGCUUAAUUUGAAAAAGCUGUAUAUAUAUAUAUAUAUAUAUAUAUAUGUAUAUAUAUAUAUAAUUAUUUUCCAAAUGUCUUCAUUGAGAUCAAAGUCGAACCACAGUCAAAGAACUUGUUUGUGUGCACAAACGUGGUGAAUAAAGCUGAUUCUGAUUUAACAGUUUUUA